GUUCAGCAGGAUGGGGACCACUACACUGCAAGCUCAGAAUAUGUCAGAACGUCACAAUGGUCCUGCCUAACAACAGUACAGCUUCUUCCUUGGUUUCAAAUGUGAGUUCUUUCUGGAAUCAAGACUUGCCUAGAACAGAGCUUCUCAAUGGUGCACCAUCAUUCACUAGCACCUAUGGCAUCUCUAAUGAGAGCUUCCCAUUCACCACCAUGGAAUCAACCAACCAGACGAUUCCUGACCCCCUGGGAGGAUAUGCUCUCUGGCAAGUUGUCUUAAUUGCCUUCUUCACUGGCAUCGCAGCCCUUGUGACCAUCAUAGGAAACAUCUUGGUGAUUGUUGCAUUUAAAGUCAACAAACAGCUAAAAACUGUUAACAACUACUUCCUUCUCAGUCUUGCUUGUGCAGAUUUGAUCAUUGGUAUUAUUUCCAUGAAUCUUUUCACCACAUACAUCAUCAUGGGUCGCUGGGCUUUGGGUAAUCUGGCCUGUGACCUGUGGCUCUCCAUUGACUAUGUUGCCAGCAAUGCCUCUGUCAUGAAUCUCCUGGUCAUAAGUUUUGACAGAUAUUUUUCCAUCACUAGGCCACUUACUUACAGAGCUAAACGAACAACCAGAAGGGCUGGAGUGAUGAUUGGAUUAGCUUGGGUCAUCUCAUUCAUCCUUUGGGCCCCUGCCAUUCUUUUCUGGCAGUAUUUUGUUGGGGAGCGAACUGUCGAUGAAGACAAAUGUUACAUUCAAUUCUUAAGUGAACCAAUCAUCACAUUUGGCACUGCCAUAGCUGCCUUUUAUCUUCCAGUCACCAUUAUGAGCAUUUUGUAUUGGAGGAUAUACAAGGAGACAGAAAAGCGUACCAAAGAGCUAGCAGGACUCCAGGCCUCCGGCAGCAAAGCUGAGGCAGUGCGCUUUGUAAACCAAACAGGCAGCUCCAGAAGUUGUAGCAGCUAUGAGCUACAGCAGCAGAAUACAAAACGCAGCAACAGAAGAAAAUAUGGGGGUUGCCACUUCUGGACGACAUCAAAGAGCUGGAAACCAAGCCCAGAUCAGGUUGAUCAGGAGCACAGCAGCAGCGACAGCUGGAACAACAACGAUGGUAAUGCUUCUCUUGAGAACUCUGCCUCUUCUGAUGAAGAAGAUAUUGCCUCAGAGACCAGAGCCAUUUAUUCCAUUGUAUUGAAGCUUCCAGGGCAUAGUACUAUCCUCAACUCCACAAAACUACCCUCAUCAGAAGACCUGCAUGAGUCAGAGGAUGAAUUAGAGAAGUUGGACUCGGAGUCAAAAGAGAGGAAAUCUAAAAGGCUUCAUCCACAAAAGAGUAUGGAGGAUGGUGGAAGCUUGCAGAAGAGCUUUCCCAAGCUUCCAACUCCAUCAGGGUCCACAGCACAGACAGGAAAGGCCUCUGAUGGCAUUUCAACAGGACCUAAGGCACCAACUGCUCUGCCUUUGUCCUUCAAAGAAGCUACCUUGGCCAAGAAGUUUGCCUUGAAGACACGAAGUCAGAUCACCAAGCGAAAACGAAUGUCACUCAUCAAAGAAAAGAAAGCUGCACAGACACUCAGUGCCAUUUUGUUUGCCUUCAUUAUAACCUGGACCCCAUACAACAUUAUGGUCCUGGUAAAUACCUUUUGUGAUCAUUGUAUUCCUACAACUUUUUGGAACUUGGGGUACUGGCUUUGCUACAUCAAUAGCACAGUAAACCCUAUGUGCUAUGCACUAUGUAAUAAAACAUUCAGAACCACUUUCAAGAUGUUACUGCUGUGUCAGUGUGACAAACGGAAACGGCGCAAACAACAGUAUCAGCAGAGACAGUCAGUCAUUUUUCAUAAGCGGAUUCCCCGGGAAGCUUCAUAG